CACAACAUGAACGCCCUCAUGAACGACUGCGCGGGAUAAAGAGACAUCUCUCUCUCCAAGGAGAAGUAAAAGAAUCAGCGUGAAAACAGAAAAAGAGAGAGGUAGCGAGAAGAAAUAAAGCAGGACGACUGGAGCAGACCCCAAUGCUUCCAAAGAGCAAUCCCUGAAGGACAGUGUUGGCACAGCGCCAGCCGGAUAUGCCGGACCCGGAGCAGCUGGGCUCCUCCACAGAGCAGGAUAGGGUCAUUCUGGAUCGAAUGACCAGCCUGCCUGCAGACCUGCUGCUGACUGGCGACUUACGCGGGAAGUUUAAGAAGAUGCGCUCUAAGAAGAGGCCCACCAUUCUAGCAUCCUCUCCUGGAUACAGUAAGCCUCCAGUGGCCCCAGUGUGCUGCGCCCUGGGUGAGAAAGGACCACCGGCCAUGAUGCCCAUCAGCGUUGACCCUGAGAGCCGGCCAGGCGAGUACGUCCUCAAAAGCCUCUUCGCCAACUUCACCACACACUCGGAGCGAAAGAUACGGAUAGUGAUGGCCGAGCCGCUGGAGAAGCCCUUAACAAAGUCACUGCAGAGAGGAGAGGAUCCACAGUUCGACCAAUUGAUCAGCACUAUGAGUUCUCUGGCGGAGUACUGUCUGCCCUCUAUCCUCCGCACGCUGUUUGACUGGUACAAGAGGCAGAACGGAGAAGAGGAUGAGUCCCACGAGUACAGACCACGCUCCAACACAAAGUCUAAAAAUGAUGAACAGCAGAGGGAUUAUUUACUGGAGAGGAGAGAUCUGGCCAUCGACUUCAUCUUCUCUCUCGUACUCAUAGAAGUUCUCAAACAGAUGCCUCUCCACCCAGUCCUCGACACAUUGGUCCAGGAAGUCAUUAACUUGGCUUUUAAGCACUUUAAAUACAAAGAAGGGUACCACGGUCCCAACACUGCCAACAUGCAUAUUGUGGCAGAUCUGUAUGCAGAAGUCAUAGGAGUCUUAGCGCAGGCAAAGUUCCCUGCCGUGAAGAAGAAGUUUCUGAGUGAGCUGAAGGAGCUCCGUCAGAAGGAGCAGAACCCAUACGUGGUCCAGAGCACCAUCAGCCUCAUCAUGGGCCUCAAGUUCUUCAGGGUAAAGAUGUACCCUGUUGAAGAUUUUGAGGCGUCGUUUCAGUUCAUGCAGGAGUGUGCACAGUAUUUCUUGGAAGUUAAAGACAAGGAUAUCAAGCAUGCGCUGGCCGGCCUCUUCGUGGAGAUUUUAGUGCCCGUAGCAGCGGCUGUGAAGAAUGAGGUGAACGUCCCUUGUCUGAGGAACUUUGUGGAAAGCUUAUAUGAUACAACGCUGGACCUGUCUACUCGAAAGAAACACUCUCUGGCUCUGUACCCGCUGGUGACGUGUUUGCUGUGUGUCAGCCAGAAGCAGCUCUUCCUCAACAGAUGGCAUAUCUUUCUCAGUAACUGUCUCUCCAACCUGAAGAGUAAGGACCCGAAAAUGGCCCGAGUAGCGCUGGAGUCUCUGUACCGCCUGCUGUGGGUCUACAUGAUCCGCAUCAAGUGUGAAAGCAACACUGCAACACAGGGCCGACUGAACAACAUCGUCACCACCCUGUUCCCCAAGGGGUCCCGCAGUGUGGUCCCUAGAGACAUGCCUCUUAAUAUCUUUGUCAAAAUCAUUCAGUUUAUUGCACAGGAAAGACUUGAUUUUGCCAUGAAAGAAGUCAUUUUCGACCUGCUUUGUGUUGGAAAACCUGCAAAAGCCUUUAGUCUUAAUCCGGAGAGGAUGAAUAUCGGUCUCCGAGCAUUCCUGGUCAUAGCUGAUAAGCUGCAGCAGAAGGAUGGAGAGCCGCCCAUGCCGAACACUGGAGCCACUCUACCCUCAGGAAACACGAUGCGUGUCAAAAAAACCUACCUGAGCAAAACCCUCACUGAGGAUGAGGCCAAAGUUAUAGGAAUGUCACUCUAUUAUUCCCAAGUACGGAAAGCCAUUGACAACAUCCUGAGACAUUUGGAUAAAGAAGUGGGGCGCUGUAUGAUGCUCACCAACGUCCAGAUGCUCAAUAAAGAACCAGAGGACAUGAUAACCGGUGAGAGGAAGCCGAAGAUUGACCUGUUCAGGACGUGUGUCGCUGCCAUCCCACGCAUUCUGCCUGAUGGCAUGAGCAAGCUGGAGCUCAUUGACCUGCUGGCACGGCUGACCAUCCACAUGGAUGACGAGCUGCGCUUGAUAGCCCAGAAUUCCCUGCAGAGUCUGCUGGUGGACUUCUCAGACUGGAGAGAGGAGGUUCUGCUGGGUUUCAGCAGCUUCCUGCUGCGUGAGGUUCAGGACACGCACCAGUCCCUGCUAGACUCCUCCAUCAAACUGCUCCUGCAGCUCCUCACACAGUGGAAACUGGCCCUGCUUGCGUCCAGCAAGAGCCUGGACAUGGCUAAGAUCUGCUCUGCUGAGCUAUUGCAGGGGGGCUCCAGCUCCAGGCUUGUCCCAGAGCGUGCUCCUCAUUCUGCAGUGCUGCAUGCUCUGGAGGGUUUGGCUCUGGUGCUGCUGUGCUCUUGCCACACGGCCACACGCAAACUGGCCGUGGCCAUCCUCCGAGAGGUCCGCCUCAUCCUCCUGACCACCGGACACAGUGAGGAGGAUGAGCGGCCUAUGCUGGACGUGCUGGAUCAGGUGAGCCCGGUGGUCCUGGAGAGUUUCGCCCAUGUGGUGAGGGACUCGACGUUGGUGCCAGUGGGCCAGCAGGCUGACCUGCAGUGGUUGGUGGAGUGGAGCGGGGGGCUCCUCAGCAGUCACUAUGACGUCCUCAGCCCGUCGAGGGUGUGGGUGGUGGCUCAGUCGGUGCGGGACCCCUGGGCUCUGUGCCUUUUCAGCCUGCUGAGACAGGAACACCUGCCCAAACACUGCCCCACAGCGCUGAGCUAUGCCUGGCCAUACGCCUUCACCCGCCUGCAGCUGCUCAUGCCUCUGAUAGAGCCUAGCAACCCUGCUAAUGCUAAGAAGACGAGUGCAGCAGGCUCAGGUGACAGCUACGUCUCUCUGUGGAGGAACUACCUAAUCCUGUGCUUCGGUGUGGCCAAGCCAAGCAUUAUGAGUCCCGGCCACCUCCGAGCCUCCACGCCUGAGAUUAUGACGCCGACCAGUGACAGCAGCAGUGGCUAUGACAACAAAGUUGUUGGGACUCCGUCAGUAGCGUGGCUCCUGAAGCAGCUGGUUCCUCUGAUGCGCUCUGAAAGCAUUGAGAUCACCGAGGCGCUGGUGCUGGGCUUUGGCCGUACAAACUCUCUGGUGUUUAGAGAGCUGAUAGAAGAACUGCAUCCUUUGAUGAAGGAAGCUUUGGAAAGAAGGCCAGAGAAUAAGAAGCGCAGGGAGAGGAGAGAUCUACUGAGGCUGCAGCUGCUCCGGAUCUUUGAGCUACUGGCUGACUCUGGUGUCAUCAGCGACAGCACUAAUGGAGCACUGGAACGGGAUACUCUGGCUUUAGGCGCUCUCUUUCUGGAGUAUGUGGAUCUGACCAGGAUGCUUCUGGAAGCUGAAAAUGAUAAAGACAUGGAGAUUCUCAAAGACAUCCGAGCCCACUUCAGCGCCAUGGUGGCCAACCUCAUACAAUGUGUGCCUGUGCACCAUCGCCGAUUCCUCUUCCCCCAGCAGAGCUUACGCCAUCACCUCUUCAUCCUCUUCAGCCAAUGGGCUGGCCCCUUCAGCAUCAUGUUCACGCCCCUGGAUCGCUAUAGCGACAGGAAUCAUCAGAUUACGAGAUACCAGUACUGCGCCCUGAAGGCCAUGUCCACCGUGCUUUGUUGCGGCCCUGUGUUUGACAAUGUGGGCCUCUCUCCAGACGGUUACCUCUACAAGUGGCUGGAUAACAUCCUGGCCUGCCAGGAUCUGCGGGUGCAUCAGCUGGGCUGUGAAGUUGUGGUUCUGCUGCUGGAAUUGAACCCAGAUCAGGCCAAUCUGUUCAAUUGGGCUGUCGACCGCUGCUACACCGGCUCCUACCAGCUGGCCUCGGGCUGCUUCAAAGCUAUUGCCACAGUAUGUGGAAGGAAUUACCCUUGUGACAUUGUGACCUUACUGAGCCUCAUCCUCUUCAAAGCAUCAGAUACCAACAGGGAGAUCUACGAAAUUUCUAUGCAGUUAAUGCAGAUUUUGGAGACUAAGCUGUGUGUAUAUUCUAAGAGGAUACUGGAGGAGAGGAGUAGCAGUUUGCUAUACGGCACCCAUGGACCUCUGCCACCCCUCUACACUCUCUCUCUGCCCCAGCUCUCUGCCCAGCUUGCCCGGAUGUACCCAGAAAUCACCCUGCCCCUGUUCUCAGAGGUCAGUCAAAGGUUUCCCACCACUCACCUGAAUGGCAGGCAGGUGAUGUUGACAUACCUGCUGCCGUGGCUUAGGAACAUUGAGCUGGUAGAUGGAGGACUGCUGCCGGCCACCUCCAGCCCCUCCCACCCAUUGGAGGAGAGGAAGAGGCGGGGGUCCAGCAUGGCCCCACCCACCUCUCACCUCCCAGGCUUGGGCUGGGGAUCUCCGCAGGCCACCGCCCUCGUCCUCAACAACCUCAUGUACAUGACUGCCAAGUAUGGAGAUGAUGUGCCGGGUGCAGAGAUGGAGAACGCGUGGACGGCUCUGGUGUGUAAUGAGAAGUGGAGCAGUAACCUGCGCACAGCCCUGCAGUUCCUCAUCAGCCUGUGCGGGGUCAGCAGUGACACCCCCCUCCUGCCGCACAUAAAGAAGGUGGUGAUCUAUUUGUGUAGGAGCAGCACCACUCAGACGAUGGGCGAGCUGCUGUUUGAGCUGCAGCAGACGGACCCAGUUAAUCCUGUAGUUCUGCACUGUGAUAAUCCGCCGUUCUACCAUUUCUCUGCCACCAGCAAGAUCUCCACUGUGACCUCCGGUACAACAUCCAGCAGCAACACAGUUGUUGCUGGCCAAGAAAAUAUCCCAGACACUGAUGACACAAAAGUAACCAAGGAGAAUGAGGACAGGCUGGGCAGUAUAAUGAGGGCCCAUAACCGACUGGAAUCUCGCUACAGCAACAGCUCCGGAGGCUCGUACGAUGAGGAAAAAAGUGAGCCCCUCCCACUGUAUGCUGGUUGGCUGCUGAAUAUUCUAGAGACCAGUCAGCCCCUCCCUUUGCCCAUGCCUGUUAAUGGAGGCUGCUGGGCGCCUCUGGUGGACUACCUGCCUGAAACAGUGACUCCAAGAGGACCACUGCACAGGUGUAAUAUAGCAGUUAUCUUUAUGACGGAGCUGGUAAUCGACCACAGUGUGAGAGAGGACUGGGCCUUACAUUUACCCCUGCUGCUGCACGCUCUGUUUCUGGGUAUGGAUCACUGUAGGCCGGAGGUGUUUGAGCACUGUAAGCGUCUACUGCUGCACCUGCUGCUGUCUCUCUCCUGCAGCCGCAGUUUCCCUCUCCUCGCCUCCGUCCUGCUGCAGAGCCGCGACGCCACCAGCGCCAAAAGCCUCACCAUCCGGCCCAGCUACCAGCCAGACUUCUUCUACACAGGUGGGGUUGAUUUCCUGCGGGACGGUCAGGCCUCCCCGGUGCCGGAUUCUGGCCUGAGCUCAUCCUCCACGUCCUCCAGCCUGAGUCUAGGGGGCAGUAACAGUAACCUGCCACACCUGUCCCAUGAGGAGUCUGACCCUCUGGAGAGCAGCACUGAGGCUGAGGAGAAAAGCAGCAAACUCGUAGAGUUUCUCACCACCAGGCCAUUUGGACCUUUGUGGUGCCAUGAAGACAUUACGCCUAAACACCAGCACUCCAGAAGCACUGAACAGCUCACUAACUUCCUACGCCAUGUGGUGUCUGUCUUCAAAGAAUCCAAAUCAGACGUGCGUCUGGAGCAGCAGCUGAGUGACAUAGCUCUGCAGACGGCUCUGUGCAGCUCCUCUAGGCACUAUGCUGGCCGAUCAUUCCAGGUAUUCCGGGCACUGAGGCAGCCUCUGUCUGCGCUGGCUGUGUCAGAUCUGCUCUCGCGUCUGGUGGAGGUGGUGGGGGAGCACGGAGAGGAAGUACAGGGUUAUGUGAUGGAGCUGCUUCUUACCCUUGAAUCAGUGGUUGACAACCUUGCAGAGUGCCUCAAGAACAAUGAUUUAAUGGCUCUUCUCACAAGGGCUCCUUCUCCAGACCUCCCAAACAAUGGUAAGCUCUUGUUCAACCGGAAAAGCACCAGCCAGCUUGACUUGGUCCCUGGCACAGGAGCUGCAUCUGAAAGAAUCCGCCACCAGCGGAGCUACUCUGUACCCAAGCGAUUCGGUGAGGCUGAGCGUUCCUCUGAGGUUCCUCGCAGUGCCACACUGGACCGCAUCAACGCCUGCACUCACCAGCACCAGGGCAACCUGUCCAAGCUCCGCUCACACUCCUCCACCUCUUCCAGGGACAAUGUGGUCUCCACCAAUCCAGCCAAUGCUAACCACCCCCGCAACCUGCUGGCCACCAUCUUCUGGGCGGCUGUGUCUCUUAUGGAGUCGGACUUUGAAUUUGAGUACCAGAUGUCACUGCGCUUGCUGGGGAAGCUGUUCACUCAUGUCUCUCUAGACAAGCAGGAGAACAAGGAGAAGCUGGAGAAGAUCCAGAGCCAGCUAAGGUGGAGUGGAUUCUCUGGGCUCCAGCAGCUCCUGCUGAAGGGCUUCACCUCAGCUGGCACCACAGAGCUCACGCUGCAGCUUUUCUCUCAGCUCACACCCAUCUCCCGGCUGCCUGUGGUGGACACCUCACAGGCCAUAGGUUUCCCACUGAAUGUGCUUUGCCUCCUCCCUCACCUGGUGCAGCACUUUGACUGUCCAACUCAGUUCUGUAAGGACGUGGCUGAGAGGAUCGCUCAGGUCUGCAUUGAAGAAAAGAACGCCAAGCUGUCCAACCUAGCGCACGUGAUGACUCUGUACAAAACCCACUUGUACACCCGCGACUGCUUCUCCUGGGUCAACGUGGUGUGUCGUUACCUGCAUGAAGCCUUCAGUGAAAACACUGUCAGCAUGGUCACCUACAUGGCAGAGUUGUUGGAGAAGGGGCUUCCCAGCAUGCAGCAGAGUCUCCUGCAGAUCAUCCACAGUCUGCUUACUCAUAUGGACCUGAGCGGCAUCCAGGCCAAGCCCUUUAACAUGGAGGUGCUCAAGACCAUCGAGAAGUUUGUACAGACGGUACACUGGAAGGAAGCUCUGAACAUUUUGAAGCUGGUUGUGUCCCGCUCUGCCAGCCUGGUCCUGCCCUCGUCCCCUCCCAGCAGCAGCAGUGCUGUGUCCCAUGUGGAAAUCAGCCGCGUGUGGGACGCAGUGUCCAAAUCACUGCCUGGCAAAACAUUGGACUUCCACUUCGACAUCUCAGAAACACCUGUGAUCGGCCGGCGGUAUGACGAGCUGCACGGUUCCCCAGGCAGGGAUGGUAAGAUGAGGGGUGUGGCUGCGGUGACCCGCAGCACCUCCUCCACCUCCUCCAGCUCCAACAACAAUAACCACGCCCUUGUGCCUGUCAGUUGGAAACGCCCUCAGUCCUCUCAGAAGAGAACACGAGAGAAGCUGGUGAACGUGUUGACUCUGUGUGGACAAGAAGUGGGGCUAACAAAGAAUCCUUCGGUGAUCUUCUCGUCCUGCGGGGAGCUGGAUCUGAUUGACCACCAGCCCAGUCUGGUCUCCUCAGAGGACAGCACUCGGGACCCAGACAACAUGGAUGACACGGCGUCUGAACAGCAGUUCCGGGUCUUCAGGGAUUUUGACUUCUUAGACGUGGAGCUAGAAGAUGGAGAGGAGCUACAGGGUGAGACGGUGGACAGUUUUAACUGGGGAGCACGGAGACGCUCCAUGGAUAGCUUGGACCGAGUGGAGCCACAGCCUCUGGAAGAGGACAGUCGGCUGUCCGGCAGUUCGCCUAGCCUGGGACCCAUCGCUCGAGAUGAUUCGGACGAGUCUUCAGAAGAAGACUCACUCACAGUCAGCCACAUCCUGUCCACCUCACAGCUCAAUGUCAGCAUAUCUCCCACCGAGCAGGUGAACCACAUGGACUCUCUGUCCACCUCCCUAGAUGUCACUUCAGCUGAGCCCUUCUCUCUGCCCACCCCAGUGCCCAGCCUCAGCGCCAGCCUGCCCGAGGAUUCAACCCCACGGACUGAACUGUCAGCAGAAGAUGAGGGUGCAAGCAUUCAUGAGGAUGAAAUCUCUCUCUGCAUUAACGAGCUCCCCUCAGCUUUCAGCCACUCUGACAGCAUAAUGCUGGACAUUCCUGGGGACAUCAAGGGAGAUGUGGAGUCAGGGUCCAGCUGUUUACACAGUCUUCACUCCUGCAGUGGCUUUGGGGAGCAGCCCAGUCUCAUGUUAGCUGAAGAGGAAAAAGAUGAUCUCCUGCUGGAGUCUCGCUCCUCCUCUCCUCCUCCAUCCCCAUUCUUCUCUGCCAUCCUGGCUGCCUUCCAGCCAGUAGUGUGUGAUGAUGCUGAGGAGGCCUGGCGCACUCAUCUGAAUCAGCUGGUGGCCGACACGGAUGGCUCCUGCGCUGUCUACACCUUCCACGUGUUCUCCUCACUGUUUCAGAGUAUCCAGACCAAGUUCUGUGCCUUGACCUGCGAUGCUGCUGGUUAUCUUGGAGAAGGCCUCCGCGGAAUAGGAGCGAAAUUUAUAAGGUCGUCGCAGAUGUUGACACACUCAAAGUGCCCCACUUUGUUCAUAGAUGCUGAUACAAUUGUCUCCUAUGGACUGCUAGAAAAAAUGAAGUUCAGUGUUUUAGAGCUGCAGGAGUAUCUGGAUACCUACAACAACAGAAAAGAGGCAGCCAUCUCAUGGCUACAGAACUGCAAGGCCACCUUCACCAAAGGCUCUGGAGAUGGAGUGAUUACAUACCAGCCUGCUGAGACUGAAGAAAAGCAAAUGGAAUCUCUUGCACAACUGGAGCUGUGUCAACGACUCUACAAACUCCACUUUCAACUGCUCCUGCUUUAUCAGUCUUACUGUAAACUGAUCGGUCAGGUGCACGCUAUCAGCGCCGUCCCAGAGCUGGUGAACAUGUCAAAGGAACUUAAUGAUCUGAAGAGUAACCUGCGGGCGGCAGCAGCUUCAGUGGCAGGAGAGCAGGCAGCUGUGGGCAGUGAGCAGUCCUCCGCACCCUGCUUCAGCUCCUCAGAGGCCGCGGUGCAGGCCAUCCUGGAGAGUCUGAGGAACAAUGAAUUCUCCACAGCCAUCCGGUACAUUCAGGAGUGCAGGAGGAUGUGGCCAAGCGACAUUUUCGGCAGCAGCUCGGAGAAUGAGACCCAGACUCUGCUGAACAUGUAUUUCCGGCACCAGACGCUGGGGCAGACAGGCACGUUUGCUCUAGUGGGCUCAAGGCAGGACCUGUCCGAGGCCUGUGCGCGGCUGACGGAGCUCAACUGCGAGAUCCGGGACAUGAUCCGCAGGGCUCAGGGCUACCGGGCCAUCACUGCCUACCUGCCAGACUCCAGCGUGGCUGGCAUCAGCCUCUGAACCAUGGACUGCUGCGCUACGGUGACUGCUGCUAGUCCUAGCCUGGCCCGGCCCAGGGCUUCCUUCCCUCAGAUCCGGGGAUUCUUAAAAUGUAUUUAGCGGAUGCUCCAAUGUCAAAGCAGAUGUGUUGAAAACAACACAUAGCGUGUUAUUUUUAAUACAUCCAUGUGUCCAGCAAAUUUUUUGUGUUACUUUUGACACAAACAGUGCAUUUUUAAUGCAAAUAUGUGUUCUAAUUACAGAGUCUGUAUCAGAGAUUUGCUGCGGUCUUUUGGCCUGAUGCAACAAAUGGUCAUGUCAUUUGUGAGAACGCAGCGUUUAGAGUCUUGCUCAGUCUAGGCUACAUUCAGGUUGCAGGUAAAAUUGGCCUGAAUUCUAUUUACUGCUCAAAUCAAAUUUUGUUGUUUAGUUGUUCACAUUAUAUUUUAAUGUAAACUGUGUCUGACAGCAGUUGGAACAGAUUACGCUCCUGAACUGACGUGCAUGUGUGAAAGAACAGUGAUCCACCCGGCACGCUCAUCCAAGAUUAACAGAUUCCUUUCACACAACAUUGAACUUUAACAUGUGCUUAUUUAUUUAUUACACUCAUGUUUUUCUCUCUCAGCUUUCAAAGAGAAAGAUGUAAAACGUAACCAUAGUAAUAGGAGUUUGGAUGAUGUUGCACUCAAAAUUAUGAUUGAGUUAGAUUGACGUAAAUAUCGCCUGAAUUCAAACAGAGGUCACAUGUAUCAGAUAUUGAUCAGAUUUCAGCACGGCAUAUGAAAGGCUACGUUCACAUUACCAGGCUGAAUGUGACACAGAUCUGAUAUUUUCAGAGAUGUGUAGACACACAAAUCUGAUCUUUUCAAAUCUGAGCCACUUUCAUAUGUGGUCCUAGAUCGGAUACGUAUCUGAUUUGUGGCCAUGGAAUCUUAAUGAAAAUACUCCGAUCAGAAUUCAUGUGUUUUUUUUUUUCCCAUUGGAGUCACUUACCUACACAAAUGUGAACAAUCGAGUUAGAAAGAUCUGAGCAAAAAAAACAGAACUGAGCAUUGAGGCUUAGAAUGUGAACAUAGCCAAAGUGGCCCAGAUCUGAAUUAAAACUGUUGGAUUCAAUGUGUUUUUUGCUGUUCAUAACAGCUUUUACAUACACUCAAUAAUCAUAAUUGGAUUUCUGCAGUUGGAAACACUUUACAGUAGGGCACUGUUCAUUAGGCUAUCCCUACAUGCAUAUAUCUACAUACCUGUUCAUAAAUGCUUAUUACAAUAGGCAUCAUCUGUCAUAAAGGCUGCUUUAGCUGACUUUGAUCAAAAUUGACCAAUUUAACCUUCAUAGCAAAUGAUGCGUUUUGGAAUAAACAUUUAUAAAAACUUAUGUAGGGCUAUGUAAGUGAUCAUGACAAGCUUGUGUAGGUGUCAUGUAUCCUUAUGAACAGCACCUACAGUGAAGUGUUACCAAUUAUUUAAGGUGUCAUGUAAACAGCAUAUUCUGAUUUCUUAGAUCAGAAAUCUGAUAAAAACAACUGGAUUUUAGCUCAGUGAUCGGAUUUCUCAGUGCAUGUAAACUCUUACUCAGAUUUCUUUUGGAUUUCACUGUUGGAGUGACACUUAAACCAAAGCAAAAUAAAGGAUUUAAAUAUUCUUCAGUUUCUAGACAAUCUAUGUUCAUAUUUCCAGGUAAAGUGGUGCAAAUUAUUCUUAUUCUGUUUAUUGGCUAUUUGCAAAGCAGAAAUCUGAUUACUACCUGGUUCACGUGGACCCGGAGUUUCCUUAUUAUCUCAUUACUCAAGUGCAUGUAAAUGCAUUGAUCAAAUUACUGACAAAAUUUGAUUUUCUGCAGUUAUCAGAUUAUUAAUCGAAGUAAGCAAAAAAACAAAUCACAUAUGAAUUAAAAAGAGCAUGGAGAAGAUCAGAUAUGGGCCACUUUUACCUGCAGUGUGAACGUAGCUUUAUUGGUGUUAUAGUUUCUUUCUGGAAGGAUAUUCAAACAGAUUUCCAUGUGUGGAGCGAUGAUAUAAUUUUCACUAUACUGUCCAUUCACUAUAACUGGAGAUGCUGCUGCCUUCACUGACCUACUCCAGGAGCCUCCAUCCAUCAGGAUUUGUUCACUUGGCUCUGGAUUUGGUCCUUAAUGUUAGUAGAAUGGCUGAGAAGCUUGUGGAGGCUUUGCAAAAGAAAAAAAAACCUAUUUGUCUUUUGUUGCACUAAUAUCAGCACACAUGACAUAGCAGGGCAAUUGCUUCUGCCGUCAAGCACCCACUGCUGAAAAACCAAAGCUUCAUGACGCCCACACCCUAGUCUACCAUUGUAAACUUUAAGGGAAAACGUGCAAUGCUUCACAUAACGUGAAAAGACUCUUUACUGUAUCUAUGAAAGAAUGUUUUUAAGCUGUAGUGCUUUGGGCUACUUGAAUACACUGUAGCAGGUGAAACGAUGAUGAAUACUUCUUUUAACUGUCACGACUCAAAUGAAGCUAACUUUUAUGUUGCUGUGGAAAAAAUGAUCAGAGCACCUCAAUCCAUUGACUUCCACUCACACACAUGCUGCAGUGCUACUGUCUGAAAGACCCGGAUGCCAUGGAAAGCCAUCCGAUACUUAAUGAAGAUGUAAUUGGACUAACUGUUUGCUUCCUACUGUCUACUGGUUGCUUAUAGGAGAUUUAUUUAUAUUCUCAAGAAAUCAACAUGCUUUGGAUCGUAUAGUUUUAUAGAAUGAAGAUAUGUUCCUUUGAAAUGGCCAAGCAUGCAAAUCUAUGUACUAUAAGAGGAGAUAGAAAUAUUUAUGAAUAUAAAGAAACUAUUUUAACUGAAGGUUGCAUUUGUACAAAGUACUGAGAGUGGAGUCGAUGCUUGUUGUAUUUUUUAUUGUUCUGUUUAGGCUGUUCGACUCUGCAGGCCUGUGCACGGCACAGACAUGCAACGCUUUUUUUGAGAGAUGACAAAGUCUUUAUCUUGUAAAUAAUGUUUUUGAGUUAUGCUUUGAGUUGUUCUUGAAACUUCUGCUACACAAUAAAUUGUUGAAUAAUGGUGAAACCAUCCUGCAUUAA